AUUGGAAUGGGACUCGUUUCUGUGUCUUUGCUGCAUUUUCUGCUUUUAAAUGUUCGGCUGGGCUCUGGAGCUCCGGCUCCAUCUGCGGGUGAAGUGUUUCUGUCCGGUCAAUCAGCUGACAGCAUUUUGCGCAGACACAAACGUUACAACACUGGGCUGUUUGAGGAGUUUCUGCAGGGAAACCUGGAGAGGGAGUGUAUAGAGGAAUUAUGCGAUCUAGAAGAGGCGAGGGAGACAUUCGAGAAAGAUGAAAAGACAAUGGAAUUUUGGGCAGGAUAUACAGAUGGUAAUCAGUGUAUGUCAGGGCCAUGCCUGAACCAGGGGUCAUGUAAAGACCUCCUGGGCUCCUACACCUGCACAUGUGCAUCUGGCUUCACUGGGAGGAACUGUGAGAUUGUUAUAGCAAAAAGAUGCGAUGUGAACAAUGGAGACUGUAUGCACUUCUGUGACUCAUUAGGAGUCUUUAGAGCAAAAUGCUCCUGUGCUACAGGAUACAGGCUGAUGCAGGAUGGUGUCAGCUGUGAAGCAGAAGUUGAAUUCCCAUGUGGCAGAACUGCCCUGACAGCACAGAGUGGAGUAUAUACAAGAUCUGUGCUCCACUAUGAGAAUGCAAACACCACUUCGCUGACCGACACGAACACUACUCCAUACCCUCCCUCAACUCCAGCCCCUACCACAGUAUCGUUUAUGGACACAAGAAAUAGACGAAAGAAACUGCCCCUGUGGGUAUACAGUGACACUGAGGCCCCCACUGAGGAGCCAGUUAGGCCUUAUAAACGUAUCGUUGGAGGUGAAGUGGUCCUACCAGGAGAGAUCCCAUGGCAGGUAGCCUUGGUAGCACAUCCCAGUGGUCAUAUAUUCUGUGGGGGAUCCAUUCUGAGCGAACACUGGGUUAUCACUGCUGCUCAUUGCCUGAUAGAGGCACAAGGCUCCUUCUUCGUCAGAGUGGGUGAGAAUAACAUCAACAUCAAUGAAGGCACGGAGCAGAAUCAUGAUGUGAAGGAGAAGCACAUUCACCCACGCUACAAUGCCACUCUAAGCUUAUACAACCAUGACAUCGCCCUCCUCUAUCUCAAAAGCCCCAUCACCUUCUCCAAGGUAGUGCGACCCAUCUGCAUAGGGCCCAUGACGUUCAUUGAGGCCUUAGUGAAGGAUUCCUCCCCAGCUACAGUCAGCGGCUGGGGCAGAACACGCUUCCUUGGAGCCACGGCCAAGACGCUGCAGAAAGUCGAGGUUCCCUUCACAGAUCGCACAGAGUGCACGCAGAGCAGCAGCCAAAGGAUCACCUCUGUCAUGUUUUGUGCAGGAUACUAUAAUGAGGCCAAAGAUGCCUGUCAGGGCGACAGUGGAGGCCCUCACGCAAACAGUAUUCAUAAUACAUGGUUCCUCACAGGCAUCGUAAGCUGGGGGGAAGAAUGUGCAAAACAAGGGAAAUAUGGUGUGUACACCCGGAUCUCUCUUUAUUACAACUGGAUAAACCAUGUUAUGGGGGUAACUAAACACAGGAUGGCAUUUGAUUAUGAAAACCCUGACCCGUAAAAAUAAAAAAGUAUUGAAACAUUCAAACCCACUUCAGGUUGAAAAACUGCAAGCUGCUUUUUAACUGUAAGAAUUUGGCAUGCAAAUGAAUUCAUAUAAACACAAGUACAGCUUGUAGAUGUUGUAAAAAAAAGCGGAUAUUUAAAGUUUUUUUUAAAGGAGUGAAAAUUAUUAGACUACAAAAAUUCUAGCAUUCAAUUCAACAACAGAAGCACAAUAAGCUGUAAAAAUGCACGUGUAAAGAGAAAUACAUGAACAUGCUUAAAUAGUGUUGAGACCUAUGAUUUAAUAUGCCCUUUCAUACUUCUAUGCAAAUAAAUAUAAGACAAAAUACCAGUUCAUCUGCC